UGCUUGAAUGAAUUUUAUGUUCUUUUUUGCCUUAAAACAAUGGAAGAUGUCAUAUAAUUAACUUAUGAAAAUUACCAACCCAAUUCUUUUAGCAUAAGUAUUUAUAAAAUUUUCCCAUUUUAAUAUUUGUGGAGUAUAUUUCUUGUCACAAGUACAACCUCCCAAAUUAUCCAAACUUUUCUCAUUCCCAUCCAAACCCAAGCAAGCCAUGGACACCCUCUCAACCUCCAUCUCCACAUUCACCAUCCCCCAAUCCAAUCUCAAAACCCACCUCCAUCACCACCACCCCUCAAUCCCCUCCACCACCAAACCCAAAACGACCAAACUCUCAAACAAAACCAGCGUCACUUUCACAACCCAAAACCACUUCGUCGCUCCUCACAUCAGCUCAUCUCGAUCAUCCUCGCCGCUCAAACACUCCCCCAACUCCAAGCCCCACCACAGCCCAUCCACCGGCUACGCCGUCGCGCUGCUCGAUGCCGCGCGGCGCCACAACGCGGUGGACGCAGUCAGCAGAGACGUCAGGCGGCUGUCGAGAUGGCUGCGAAACGACCAACUCCGCGGCGUGAUGGGCGACCCCUUGACGGACAAGGCGGCGAAGGGAGAGAUAGUGAAAGAGGUGGUGAGACAAGGGCGGUUUGAGAAGCAUUUGGUUAAGCUGGUUAAGCUGUUGGCUGAGAAAGCUAAGGUGGAUUUGCUGGGCCAAGUGUUGUCGGAAUUCGGAAAGAUUUAUGAUGAACUUAGCGUCUGCAGCAAUCAUCAAGUGCUGCUGCUUCCAUACGGGAUGAAAAUGAAAAUGGAGGAAAAUAAGAUUUUGGAGAUAAUUGGGAGAGUUCAGAGGGUUACUGGGGCGGAUAAGGUUACUGUCAGAGAAUUACUUGAUCCUAGAUUUGCGUAAUUCAAUCUUUAAUUUUUCUUGCUCUUACAACUUUAUCUUUUUUGAGUUUUGGAAACAUAUUUGCGUUUUAAUUAUUCGAAUGCAACGUAUCCAUAUUUAUCAAUAAUAACGUUCAUUUGAUGUUAA